GGACUAGUACAUUAUCAGUUUUUCCCUGCACCAAAACGGUUAAAUUUUGACUGAGCUUUCUCAUGUGAGAGUUCUGCUGACUAGGUUUUCUAGACACUCAGCAAGUUUGUUAUUCUUUUCUUUUGUCGUCUCUUAUAAGGAGCUGUACCUCUCAAGAGAAUCUCUGACAAGGAAAAAACAAAGAAGACUGAAUUACUACCGGGCUUUACACUGUAUAAAAAUGAAACUGGAAAACCAUAUGCAGCAAGGAUGUCAAUUUUUGGAUCAAGAUCCCCAGGUAGUUGAAGUCGAUGACAGGAAAUCAUUAGUUUCCAAAGGGAAGACUGAAGAUGAAAAAAUGAGCAGCAAUCGAUUCUCAGCUAGUUUCAAUGUCAUCAAUUCUAUGAUGGGAUCUGGAAUUAUUGGUUUGCCGUAUUCCUUGAAACAAGCUGGAUUCCCUUUAGGCAUCAUAUUAUUACUGGUUGUUGGAUGCAUUACAGAUUAUUCUAUAAUUCUGCUAAUAAAAGGAGGACAUUUGUCGGGAGCAGACAGUUAUCAGUCACUGGUCAACAGAACAUUUGGAUUUACAGGAUAUGUAGUUCUCUCUGUACUACAAUUUGUAUAUCCCUUUAUUGCUAUGGUAAGCUACAACAUAAUUGCAGGAGAUACUUUAACAAAAGUCUUUCAAAGAAUUCCUGGAGUUGGUCCUAACAGCUUACUGGCAAAUCGAAAGUUUGUUAUCUUGGCCUUCACAAUAUUCCUAACUCUGCCGUUGUCCCUCUUAAGGAAUGUUGCUAAGCUGGGAAAAGUAUCCCUGCUCUCAGUUGUUUUUGCCGUCCUCAUCCUGACUAUAGUUAUCGUGAGACUUGUAACCUUUGGCCCAAGUGUACCAUCAACACAAGAUGCAUGGGCCUUUGCACAGCCCAAUGCGAUACAGGCCAUAGGUGUUGUAGCAUUUGCAUUUGUUUGUCACCACAACAGCUUCCUCAUUUAUGGCUCAUUGAGAGAUCCCAGUCUGAAUAAUUGGUCUUGCAUCACCCAUGUGUCAACAUUUGUUGCUGUUUUCAUCAGCACCCUCUUUGCUGCCUCUGCUUAUGCUACAUUCACAGGAUAUACGCAAGGAGAUAUCUUGGAAAAUUACUGCAAAACUGACGACCUCGCUACAUUAGGAAGGUUCUGCUAUGGGAUGUGCUCAGUACUGUCAUUUCCGAUAGAAUGUUUUGUCACUAGAGAGGUGAUAAUGCACACGUUUUUCAGUGGACCACUGACAACUUUAUCUCAUGCUAUUGUCACAGUGAUGGUUAUAGCUGCAGUGUGUAGCCUAUCUUUAGUGUAUGAUUGCCUUGGUAUUGUUUUGGAGUUAAAUGGCGUCCUCAGUGCUACACCACUCAUCUUUAUAGUUCCUUCUGCAUGUUACCUUAAACUGUCACAGGGACAUUGGUACCAAAUAGACAAGCUUUUUUCUUGUGUAAUUCUCAUAGCUGGUCUACUAAUUAUGACAACUGGCUUGGUGAUGACCAUUUUAAACCCUCAGGGGUGCAGUCAUGGGAAAGAGAUGGCAUACUGCAUGUCAUCAAAUGUUACAGUAGACAAUGGCACUCUACCUUCUUCAUCAGCAAGUCAGUCCUCUAUAUUUACUGGAAAUAUGCUCUAAACAGCUUUUGGCACAAGGAUUAUAUAUCAUAAGGCAAGAAGCAGGCAUUAUGUUGCACAUGUGUCAUAUAGCACAUAUUAUAUUCUGUAAAAUGUCCUUGGGUUACUUCCUAAUUAUUACGUAAAACUGGAUAAUGCAAAUGUCACCAUCUGACAUUAACAGGGACUUAGUAGAUAUGAGAAAAAGAUGAAAACAAUCAAGACGGAAUUAAAAAGAUAUCUUCUUACACCAGCAAACAAAGGAAGAGAUACAUCAGAAACCAUCUAUGCAACUAUGUUAUGUUACAACAAUAUGUUUCUGGGGUCGCAGAAACAUGCCUCUUCUAUUAUGAAAAGUAUAGUAUGUGUUUAUGGCUCAACAAAAGUUUAUGAUGAGCUUUUGUGCUAAAAAGUGGAAAAAUGGGUAAUAGUAGGACACACCUAUGACAGUUGUUGCAGUUUACUCUGAUUUUUAUUUCUUGUUCUUGUCUAAGUACAUUAUGGACUUCCUCAUUUUAGUGUUUUUGUGAGUUUCAUUAAGGCAAGAUGGCAUGAUAAAUAAAUACGACUGUUUUAUUUA